AUGGAAGGGAUCGUGUCAUGGGCUACGGAAUUUCAAAUCAAAAUAAUUGGAGCAAGGUACUACAGAAGAAAUGGCAAAUUCUCCCAAGAGGAUAUUAUUUCUCCAAGAGAUACCAUUGGUCAUGGAACUCAUGUAGCUUCAAUCAUUGCCGGAAAUCUUGUUAGUUCGGCGAACUUUUAUGGUCUUGGACAAGGUACAGCACGAGGAGGAGUCCCUUCUUCGAGGAUUGCGGUAUAUAAAGUAGUUUGGACUGAUGGUUCUGAUGACAUCGACAUCAUUGACGCAUUUGAGGAUGCCAUCAAAGAUAGGGUUGACAUAAUAUCAAUUUCAAUGGGAACAGGUAUUAAUGCAAACUAUUUGAAGGAUUCGAUAACUGUUGGGAGUUUUCAAGCAAUGAGAAAAGGAAUUAUGACGAUAUGUUCUGCGGGAAACGGUGGUCCUGAACAUGGAACUGUCGAGAAUAUUUCUCCAUGGGUUCUUACCGUCGCAGCAAGUUCCACUGAUCGAAAGAUAGUCACCUAUUUGAAGUUGGGUAAUGCCCAGACAUUUGUGGGAACUACAUUGAAUGCGUUUGAUGAGACUAAUUUCUCCACUUUGGUGUAUGCCGGUGAUGUUCCAAAUAUAAGAGAGAUGGUUUCUCGUAAUACAUCGAGACUUUGCCUAGACACAAAGUCACUAGAUGCUAGACUUGUAAAAGGUAAGAUUGUCAUUUGUGAUGAAUACAAUGUAGGGGACGCAGCCUUAACUGCUGGUGCAACUGGUAUGGUGAUACGAGGCAAUGAUAUCGCUGUCGAUUAUAGGACAUUUGCUCUCCCGGCACUUUUUGUUGGCAACAGGGAGUCAUUCGAACUCGUGAGAUAUUUGGUCAGACCAAGGAGUAUUCCAACUGCAAGCAUAUUUAAAAGUCAUGAAACAUUUGAUCAGUUUGCACCAUAUACUGUAUCCUUCUCAUCGAGGGGACCAAAUCGUAUAACACCUCAAAUUCUUAAACCAGAUUUGUCUGCGCCUGGUGUUAGAAUCUUGGCAGCAUGGACACAUAACAAUUCUCCUUCAUUUUCAAUGCUUGAUUCGAGAAGGGUGUCAUAUAACAUUCUAUCAGGUACGUCAAUGUCAUGCCCACAUGCUUCUGCUGCAGCCGCUUAUGUCAAAUCCUUCCAUCCAUCAUGGUCUCCAGCUGCUAUAAAAUCUGCACUUAUAACCACUGCCUCCGAGAUGAGUGCAAGGACAACUCAGUCACUAGAAUUUGGUUAUGGAGCAGGCCUAAUAAACCCUGUAGGUGCCAUUAAUCCUGGCCUUGUGUAUGAUGCAAAUCUAGCUGACUAUGUGCUAUCAACCGCCGUUAAUAGUUCCGCCGUUAAAGAGAUUUUGACAAUUAAGGGCGGUAAAUUUACCGCAGAUACUAGCCUUUAA